ACUGCUCCCCUUGCACUGGGUAGCAAGGGAAAAAAUCAGUAAGAAUCCUAUUAUCCAUCCUCUCCCUCCUUCUUCUCCCUGUAGCAGUUAGAAUGAGACAGAGCACAGAGCAGCAGCUUUAACCAGUGAAUUGCCUAUUGCUUAGUGGCUGAUCCUUUUGCACAAAACUUUUGGCUAGCCAAUCUCCUUACUUAACUCCUGAUCAGAUAAAGCUCCUUGCUGGUUCUCCUCUCCCUCUGUGCAGGGAGGAGAAGGAGGGGAGUCUAUAGUUCCCUAUAAACAGGUAGUGAGCAUUCUUCAUGUAAUACAGGAACGUCACAACCAGUCAGAGUGUAGAGAGUGUAUGUGCUUCCUCACAGGACAGCAUUCUGCUCAGCAGCGUAUUUGUAGUUAGAGAGCUCACGUUAAAGAGACAGUAACUAUGCAAUAUCACCUUGGGAGAUACAGCUUUUUGGAAAGGCUAAUGGUUAUUAUAUUGAUGUUUGGGAUGUCUUAUUGCCAUUCAAUCCAGAGAAUUAAAGAAUGUGGGCUCACAUGCUUCCAUACAGGGGGUAUAAACUGUAGAAAAGUAACAUUUGCCAAGCAAAGCUUUUUCUGUCGAACCCCACCACGUUCUUUACCCUCAGAUGUGCUGCAAAAUAUGAAACUUUCAACAGUUAUGAAGUGCAGUGGGAAGAGAUGGUGUUCACUUUAUAUUAAUGUUAAUGGGACUGUCAUCCUGAAUGAACAUGUUCGAGGGGUAGAAAUAUGUGUCAUGACAUUAAGCUCAUCUCAGACUGAAUGUGAAAGUGUGAGAUUUUCACACAAAUCAAAGAAACUUGAUAGUCACAAGGUUCAUAUUCAGUUUAACUGCUUUGAAGUGGGUAUUGGCCAACAAGUAUACGUAACCAUGAAAACACUACCAAAUUAUUGCUAUGUUGAACUAGAAAAGUAUCACAAUGUUGAAGGUUGUGACAAUAAAGAUGUCGAAAAUAACAUAAUGUCUUGUUUAGCUGGUAAAUUAGAUUACUUGGUGGACGAAGAAAAAAAAUCCAUAACAAUACAUGUUUCAGAUAUAAUUGAAGGAUUUGAUUAUAAUGUCCGUCUUUGCUGGAAGCGUUUCAUCUGCAAAGAUAUUGGAGCACAUGCAUUGAUAAAAGCAGACAAUACAGUUAGAUCGGUGACGUUGCGUUAUGCUGAAAUCUUGCCGUGCUUAUGUAUUGAGGGCUGGUCAGCGAUUCCUGACUCAAGAAGAGCACGCAUUUGUCCAUUCAAACAUGAUGCCAAUUCAAUUUGGAACAGCAUUACAUACAACUCUGUUACUCAGACGCUAGCCUGGCAAUCUCUCUGUCCUGUUAAUGCCACUGUCAGUCUUUGUUGGAUGACUGAUCAGAAUGACACAUGUGUGAACUUUUCAAACUCAUUAGGCACAAUGAAUGAUAAGGUUUUAUAUACUCAAGUUGACUAUCAUCCUAGACUUUGUGCAAAGUUAACCACUAAUAUGGACUCCCAGGUUAGAUGUCCUUUUGCACAUGAACAUUUUCCAGGGUGGAAUGUGAGCAUAGCAGAUACAGAUUCUUUUGCAGAAAUAAAAAUCACGUCGAAGAUCAAUGCCAGUUUUAUAUUGCGUUUGUGUAACAGGACAAAACUUACAUCAUGUGACUGCCUUAACAUCUUUGCUUCAGUCCCUGUGGUGGCUUCAAGCUAUGCAAUCCUAAAUUUAUCAAGUGAUAUAUGCGGUUCUAAUCUUUGCAUCCAGGUCUCACGGUCAGAUGUCAACUAUUCAGUUCCAGUCAACAUCUGCAAUAUCCCCUGCAGGCCACAAGAGCAGUCAUCUGAUGAAGCUAGCUCCUUGGAGAUAUUCCUACUGACAUCAGUAUUGUUGAUAUUGAUUGCAAUAUUCAGCUUUGUUGGAUGCAUUUUACUGUCAGUGAACUACAGAAAAAAGCUGCAAGAGAAAGGUUCUUUUAAAAUUAAAGUAAAACAUAUGUCUUCAGGGGUGGCUUCUUCACUUGAACAAACAGUAUCCAUAAUGUUUGCCCAGAUGGAAGACAAGUGAAACUGUUGAAGUUUUUCUUAUCAUCGCACAGAACAUAUUUUGUCAAAGUCUAAACAUUACGACUACAGCCAAUUCUUUAGUUUGUGGCUUUGAAGCCAGAAUCUGAAUAUCAGUAACGGAAAAAUAUAAUUUUGCAGUAUUACUUCGAUUUUUUUGCCAGGGGGCCUGGCACACUCUAGUAAUGCCACUUAUUGGAGAAUAAAGAUUCUGACAGGUGAUAGUGCUCGGCACUGCUAGUGAGCAACACUGAGCACUGUCACCUAGUAGAUUAGAAUGGCAUAGAUAGUUUAAAGCAAACAAACUCAUUCUGAGAAAUUAACACAGGCAUCAGGAUUUGGUUUGAUAUGUUUGAAUUUGUUACACACUUUUCAGACAGCUACCUCACAGUCAGGAAAGUCUGAAAUAUCUUGGUUGUGAAUCCUUCUGGAUUCCCCAGUUUGAUAUUUCAUAAGUGAAUCCCUUAAGAAAUCACAAGCACAAAAAGAUAUUUAAUAUCAAUCGUGUUGCCAAAGGAGCUAAAUUCGAUCUAGGCAGCAGUUAGAAGUUCAGUGCUGAUGUAUUGUCUUGACAUGAUGUAAAACAAAUUUUGUAGAACCGCUUAACAUGAGUAUACACAAGCUUUUUAGUGUCAACAGCAAAACCUUUUCUUUUGAUUAUCCUCCUUCAUAGCCAGGAAUCCCCAUUUCUGCUAUCAUAUUUAUAAAUCAUGUAGUAAUUACUAGGGAACUUUACAAAAGGCAGAAGAUAAUACAUUUCUAUGGUUUAUGAUAAGUACAGGAAACUCUCAAUAAAAGUUAUGAAACACCUGCUAAAAACUCUUUUGUUUAUGACUCAAACAGUAAUUCACUUGUAUUUCUAUAGCUAGUAGAGCAAAAGGAUAUCACCUCUGCCAAGAUUUUUUUCAUGUUUUUGUCCUGUUAUGCAUUGGUCUGGUUAUUUCAGCUCAUUUUAAAAGGAAGACUUAUUUGUAUAUGCAUUUAUACAUAUAUAUUUAUACUAACAUUAUUUACUUGUAAAUACCUUAUAAUUUGAACAAGCUCUAUUGAUCAUGGCAUUAACUGAACAAAGCUUUUGUAUACAGUAUUUAUUAACACACAGGCUAUACUUAAAAUCAGUUUUUUGCACAUGGUAUGAAAUCCUUUGCUUUUAUAUAUUAAUAUUAAUAUUAUUUUAUAACAGAAAUAUGUAUGCUGCAUGCAUUUAAUUAAAUAAAAUACAGACCAGUUAUUAAAAGCU